AAUAUUUAAGAACAUUUUGAUUAUUAUUAUUAUUAUUAUUAUAUUAUAUUAUAUUAUUAUUAUCAAUAGUAAUAAUAGUAGUAGUAGUAGUAGUAGUAAUAAUAAUCGAAAUAGUAUAGAAUGGAUUAGUCCUACAGGAGAAAUCACGUAAAAAUAAAGCGCUGGGAGUUCUAUUUCAUAGGUAGUAUAGAAAUGAACUCAUGUUUUAAUUUGUAUUAAAAUAUUUAAUGUAAUAUAUAAGCAUUCACUAAUUUAUUUUUAAGAAAAUUUAUAUAUUAAUUCUUAUAUGUGUCAAUUAUAUUUAUUAUUUUGUAUGUAUUUAUCGUAAAACAAAUGCGUAUCGAUGUAUUUAGUACGGAUUACUGCGAUAUACCAUCAAAGAAAAAUAUACAUAUGAGAGACUGAAAAGUGUAAGUUCGCAGUCUACUAAGUUAUUUAUUCUAUUCAACAAAACCGAUUAUUAUGUAUGUAUGAGAGUAAAAAUAACAAAACAAGCUUAUAUAUCGAUACUAUAGAUGGUGAUAGUGUUUUCUAACUUCUAUUUAUAGUUCAUAUUUUGUUCAUACCUAUCAUUGAAGUCAAGCACGAUUUGAACAAAAAGCGGUAAACAAUGUAUAUACUAAUAUUAUAUGCUCGUAUCAUUUAACUGUAAUUGAUUGCCAAGGUUAAUAAUUAUUGCACAAGUGACUAGAGCAAAAAUACUAAUACAUAUUAAUAUGUACAUACAUAUUAUUAGUAUAGUCUUCGUUUCAUUGCAAAACGAAAACCACGAACGAUUGUUCGUGCUUAAUAAUGUGGUGAUUGAAUCUUCCUAUGUUGUAACGGUCCUAUUAUUCAGACAUGUUUGAAAGAAAAGUGUCAUGGUUAUUGUGGUUUCUUCUCGUUGGCAAGACCUUCGAUCUAGGAACUGCUGCCAUUGAUGUAAAUUACCAAAAUGAUACAACGGCAACGAAUUCGGAUCAAGACAAGAAGAACUCUUCGGAUCUGACGAGCUCGGAAUCUUCGUAUAGUAACCUAUAUAAAUAUACUAUUCAAAAUCUCUUCCCUGUUACUUCGACGUUCAGUACAUCCUUGACGUCACCUACCGUAAAUCAUGUUUUUCCUCUACCACAACGAAUGACCUGCGGUGAUACGUUCAAUGGACAAUGUCAGAGAAAUAGAUAUCGUAGUUUUGACGGCACUUGCAACAAUCUAUUCAAUCCUACAUGGGGUGCAGCCAAUACACGAUACGGACGUCUUCUUUUACCCAAUUAUGCGGACGGAAUCCAAGCACCAACAAGGUCAGUUACAGGAAACGAAUUACCUCUAUCACGGUUGGUCAGUUUUACACUCUUUCCUAGUGUCGCUAUCAAGGAUAAUAAGUUAACAUUGGCUGCUAUGCAAUGGGGUCAGAUUAUAACUCACGAUAUGGCCUUGAUCGCUGGAUCUACGCAAUCAAAUCCUCAUAGUGUUCAAUGCUGCACGUCAGAUGGUCAUUUCUUGCAUCCACUAGUAAGUGAUUCCAAGUGCUACCCCAUCGUUAUACCUAACAAUGAUCCAGAUUACAGCAAAUCCAACAUACAAUGUGUAAACUUCGUUCGUAGCAUUACUGAUCUUGACCGUGGUUGCAAGCUAAGAUAUAGUCCUGCUGCGGAACAGUUAACAACCGUUACACAUUAUCUGGAUCUUUCGAUCGUUUAUGGAUCAAACGAUCAAGUUGCGAAUAAUUUACGUGCCAAUAUUGCUGGACGGAUGCGCGUAGAUAUUCGUAGUAAUAGAGAAUGGCCACCAGCUGCGACAAACAAGUCAAAUACUUGUAAUCUCUCUAGUUCAGAUGAAGUUUGUUAUCUAUCUGGUGAUUCUCGUGUAAAUCAAAAUACCCAACUAACAGUAUUGCAGAUUUUGUUACUCAGAGAACACAAUCGUAUAGCUAGUAUACUGGCAAAUUUGAAUCCACAUUGGUCAGACGAAACAAUUUAUCAGGAAACUAGGCGCAUUGUUAUUGCGGAACAUCAACAUAUAUCAUAUUACGAAUGGCUACCAUUAUUUCUUGGUGUCAAGCAGACGUACGAUAACAAUAUCCUUUACAAGACCAAGGGUCAUGUAAAUGAUUACGAUUUUCGUAUUGAUCCAAGUGUUCUUAAUGAGCAUUCAACUGCUGCAUUCAGAUAUUUCCAUUCUCUUAUUGCAGGCUAUCUCCAAUUGAUAAAUGAGGAAAGACAAUCAGUUCCAUUCCCAUUAAGACUCAGUGAUUAUUUGAAUAAACCUGGCAUUAUUGAAAAAAAUGAUAACAUGGAUGAACUUACCAGAGGUUUAUCUUAUCAAGCACAAUUGGCCAGUGAUCAAUUUUUUGACAAAGAAAUAACAUUAUACCUGUUCAAAGGUAAUAAACCAUUAGGCGAAGACUUACGUGCCAUAGAUAUACAUAGAAAUCGUGAUCAUGGACUCGCAUCAUAUAACGAUUUUCGAGAAUAUUUUAAUCUAGGAAGAGCCAAAGAUUGGAACGAUUUUAGCGACUAUAUAUCUCAUGAUAAUAUUCAAAAAUUGGCGAGUCUCUAUGCUCACCCUGAUGAUGUAGAUUUGACUGUUGGGGGAUCUUUGGAAGAACACGUACCAGGAACUCUUUCUGGUCCUACUUUCCUUCGUAUUCUUAUCGAACAAUUCUAUCGAACGCGAGUAGGCGACAGAUACUGGUACGAAACUGGCGACCCUGAUGUGGCAUUUACCAAAGAACAAUUAGAAGAAAUACGAAAGGCUAGUAUAUCGAAACUAUUUUGUAACAAUGGUGAUAAUAUUCGAUUAAUGCAACCCAAAGGAUUCGAACUUGUCUCCGAGUCAAAUCCAAUUGUUAAAUGCACAGAUCUUCCGGACAUAGAUUUAUCACUAUGGAAAGAUCAUGGACCUAAAAAGAAGAGUAUUUAUGAAUCUAUUUUCGAUUAUUAUAGAAAAUUAAAGAAUGACAUAGUAGUAUAUUUUAAGUAAAAACAUCUUCACCAAAUGGUCAAAUUUUUCUUUUUAUUAAUUGUUAAAGUUCUAUUAUAGGUAUUGUUAAAUAAAUUUGUAUAUAAAAAAACUUACAUAAAAAUAUAUACAUAUAUUGUAUAAAACUCCUAAAAUAAAUUUACUGGCACCUGCAUGUUCGAAAAAAGACAAUAUAUAAAAAAAUAUAUGCGAUAUCUUAAUUAUUCUAGAUAAAAAUUAUCUACUUCUCUAACAAUAAUAAUUCUUUCGAAAUUUACAUAAUAAUCAUGAAUAUGCAAAAAGAAAUAUAAAAGGGAAAUAGUUACUAUAUUAUUACAGUAAACUUUGUUGUACUAAGAAUAACGUAACAUCAAACUUUAACAAAAAUAAAAAUUUAUAUUUUCAAAUUAAGUAAUUAGAUAUACAUUAUAUAACUCUAAUAGAGAUUAUAAUAAAUGUGGCAAAUUUGUAUUUGUAACUUGAUAUAUUCAUAAAGGAAAUGGACAAAACGAAAGUAGACAAACAAUAUUGAAUGACAACGCAUAUUUUUACAAUAAUAGGUAUUCCACUGGAUACUUUAAAAAGUUCUUAAAGCGAACUAAGCACGAAACGGCUCUCAUUGACCGCAUUAAAAAGGAAUACACGUAAUUUACCGAAUCCGAAGCGCAGUUUUUGUGAAACGAAAUAGCAACAUGAAAGAACAGAAAUAUAAACUUUUUGCAAUUAUUUUAUCCUGCAUACUUUGCACUAAUACAUGUGCCGGUGCCAGUAUUAAUGGAAUAAACUCAAAUGAUAGCGUCGCUAUUCGUCAAAAUAAUCUUGUGGUUCAGGAUCUAUUAAGAAUAGUAUCACUAUUAUAUAAUAUUCCACUGAUAGGCUCUCUAUUAGCUAAUGUACCUGCACUAUUCAUCAAUUACAUUGUUAGAUUCGAGAAUUUGACAAAUAAUGUCCUGGACAAAAUUCUACGCAAUUCCUUACCAUGUACGAUAACGGUUAACGAUAUUGAGUGCGAAGGGAUAUCAAAAAAUGGCGGUUUAAUAUCUAUUAUCAAACACGCAGUUGAUACAAUGCCCAGUACUAGGCUAUUUAACAUCACAAAACAAGUUUUAGAUUUGAUAACAUUAGCACUUGAAGUUCUGUCUCUGCAGCAAUAUUAAUAAAUUUAAAUAUAUCUUCAUAAAAAAGUUAA